UACAUCUACAAACCACUGUUUAUCAAGUACAAGAAAAACACCACAUCCCCCGAAUCAUCAAGCUCUGCAGCAGCUCUCACCGGAAGUGACACAUCUGGAAAUCGAUAAACACAGGUUAAAAUGUCAAAAUUGGCCAAAUCUCCUUUACUGCCCGUUGUGACCGUGAUCUGCUUGACUGGUCUCUUCUGGUCAUCAUACAAGAUCUUCUACAGGCCCUAUGCACACCAAAAACAACUGCAGGAAGCCGAGGCGUAUGCAGAGUUCAUUUACCGGCGCGAACAACGUGCCAGGGAGGCGUCGAAUGAGUAGGAAUCACUUUGAAUUUCUUCAUUCUUCACUAAAUUCAAAUGAAAUUUAAUUAGAAAUUAGAUUUAUAUUUAGACAAAAAGAGUGCAUUAACAUUAUUCUCUGUGGGCUAAUGGGUAAAACUUUUAAAUGCGGAUUAUUGCAUGAUCAUCAAUGAGGGGGAUGCAGUUCAUGCGCUCCUGGAUCACAGCCAAGUACGUCAUAAUUGAUCAAUAGGGAUCUUCCUGAAUCCAAUUAUCAGCAUUUUAAUAUGAUUUUUGGCUAUUGAUGUUGCAUUUUUUUCCACGCAUCUUUCGCUACUUUCGGCUCAAUUAAGCGGCGGAUACUUAAAAUGAAAGAUUAAUCGUCAAUUUCUAAAAGAGAGAACACAUUUCAAGUUACGAUGUUGCAGGAAUGAGAAAAUAUGAGCAACAGAGGUAAGCUACAGAAACUUCCAAUAGAAGUGAUUCUAAAUUAUGUUCUAAUGGUUUGAUCUCUUAUGAAAUGAUGAUGAUCUUUUGUGAUCUUUUAUACUCUUGCAAUCUUUAUGAUAAAAUAUCACGAUUUUGCAAUUUAAAAUUAUAUUUCUUAUAUUUACCUAAAAAAAAAUCUUUAAAAAAUCCUUUCUUGGAAUAAAAAUCAAAUAAUAUAAUUCUUAAACAAAACUUUCAAUAAUAUAAUGAGAUCAUUGAGUUUAGGGCGUAAUCCGGAUUUAAAAAAACUCUAGCAAACAAGAUUAAAUCCACGCACAUGAUCGCAAGAUCAGUGAAAAUUUCCUAGAGGAUUGUAGCUAAAAAUUCAAUUUGGCGAAUCUUCAAAAUGAGCCACCAGCUAGCCUCAGCUCAACCGAUUUAAUUCUCGCCAGUUGAUCGUCUCAAUUCCGCCGCGACGGUUCUCAAGCGCGCAAAAUCCCGGGGAGAUCUUUUAUACUCCUACCGUCCCAAUUUAAGAUCUUUGCAAAUUUAAUUCUUUCCCCCCUCAAUUUGAAUAAAAAAUCACAUUUAUUUGCAAUUUUUCGUGAUAAAUCCUCCAAAGAUUUAUACCCAAAGAGGAUUUCAGCUUAGAAGUGUGGGGAAGAAGUAGGAAAAAUUAAUAUAUUAGAAGGUAGUUGAUUUUUCCCUCAACGAUGAAUGAAGAUAUUUCUGCGGGAUACUGAAAAUCAUUCUUUUUUCUUCACUCUCUGCCCGCAGUGAAAAAAAGUGAGAAACGAGUGAAAAUAUGUAGCUAUUUUUAAAUAAAUGUAGUGUCCAUAUCAGCUGUAUGUUUUUCUGCGUCUUGUGUGGAUAUUAAAAAGAAAGAAAAAGUGAAUCUCAAUCUUACGCAAUCGCAUAGUUUUAUCUAAAAAAAAAAUAAUAAAGAGAGAAGAGACCACCAUUAGAAUUUUAGCGGUGGUAUAGUUGUGUGUGAUUUAGUGCGAAAUCCCCAUCCAGGAAAGGCCACCAAGGGCAGAGAAGGAGAGAGAGUGUGUGUGUGUGUGUGUGUGUGUGUGUGUGUGGACCAGGAAUACCACAAAUCCGCGCGAGGUCUGUCGCAUUCUACUGAUUAGCCCCACAUUGCCCCAAUUCCCUUGAGACGCAAACGGUGUCUCUUUAUUUGAAAAUGGAUUGAGGAAUACUUGGAAGAAGCAAAGCCAAAAGAACACACAAUGCACCAUUUAUACCCCAUUUCCAAGGGUGACCAACUCUGCCCACUGGGAUUUCAUCCUCAGGUCCGGUGGCCAACGCGGUGUAAAAGAUGUUUCCGGGACUACAAGGAACACGGUGGCAAGAGGAAUCCCGAAGAUAUCAUUGCUUCAUCGCCCAAUCUGUCGGAUUCCUUUGCAAAGCCACCAGCUCGUGUGUGGACUUCGAGUCAGAAUCUAUCCACAAUCCCUAGUCCAGAACCCGCUCCACCUCAGCCAACAAUCCGAAGGAGACCCGCUUCGUGGACUUCCACACCGGACUUGGCAGAGGAUGAACAAUCCAGCAGUGAUGCAAAAGUGGAUGUUACAGUGAAUCUGCCAAGGAGACGACAUACAGCAGCAAUUGUCGAAGAUACCAGCGAUGAGGUACAAAAUGUUACCAUCAAACGACCUCCACUUCCACCUUCAUCCGCAAAAACUGCCGCAGAAAUUCCAAAUGAUCUCGUCAUCCUCAAGAGUGACUCUCUCGCGGAGCGCUACCGCAAAAUGCAAGCACUCAAGCAGCAUCGAAGCUUUGAGAGGGAGUCCAGUAGUCGAGAACGAUCGCUACCCAGGAAAUCAGAAGAAAAGGAGAAAUCCCCAUCUCCUGCUGCCAAAAAAGACACAGAACAACCCAAAAGAGUCGUGGAGAAGGCACCUGAAGCUCAAACGAAGCCAGUUGAAAGGCGAGUCCGACAGAGAAGUAUAGAAACCAUUGAGGAAGCACCAGCACCUGAACGAAGGGCCAGGGUGCGAAGUACAGAAGUGCAGGAAAAGAAACCGCCAACUGUGGCGAAACCUCCGGCAAAACCAGCCCCAAAAGUGGAAGCACCGAAGACAGAAUCAAAAAUCACAAAUCAAGACAUCCAAUUCCUCAUGCACGUCAAAAAUAACACUGCCCAGAAAAAGCAGGAGGAUGCAUUCUCAACUACAACAGACACAACGGAUACCACCCUCGUGGGGGCGUCAGAUAAGAGCGAUCGCAAUCUCAUAGAACAAAUUGAGAGUCUAAAGAAGGAGCUAGAAGUAACCAAGACACGUUGUGAACGUGCUGAGCGAGACAAGAGUGAUAUCCUCCUGAGGAGACUUGCCUCAAUUGACACGGUGCCCAAUCGAACAGCUGCAUCGGAAGCUCUGAAACUGCAGCAAAAAGUGAAUGAGAUGAAACAGGAGCUGGAGGAUUUGCGAGACGACAAACGCAGCCUCUCACUCAAAGUCAAAGAACUCGAAUCUGAUCUCGAUGCUCGUCCCGCAAAGACAAUUGAGCACGAAUUGAAGAUGAAGCUGAAACAGGCGGAAGCACUUUGUGAAUCCCUAAUGGAUGAAAAUGAAGACAUUAAGAAGGAGCUGAAGAAUAUGGAACAGGAAAUUGAUGAGAUGCAGGACAAUUUCCGCGAUGAGCAAGCCGAUGAGUAUUCCAAUGUGAAGAAGGAAUUGGAGCAGACAACAAAGAACUGCCGCAUCCUGUCGUUCAAACUGAAGAAAUCUGAACGAAAAAUUGAACAACUAGAGUCUGAAAAGCAAGCACUGCAAUUAUCGGGAGAUCUUCCAACAAAAAUUAGGCAACUCGAGGAAGAAUUGCGUCUGGCUAAGGAUGUGGCGAAGAAGCUCCAGAGUGAGGUGGAUACGAAGAAGAGAGCGCCUAGUUUGGGAAAAAUCGGCAAGUCAACAUCAGCUGAUGGGAAAAUUACCAGGGAAUCCCUCACAAGGGGUGGCUCUCAGGAAGAUCCAUCGCAAUUGCAGAGAGAUCUUCAGGAUUCCAUGGAGAGGGAAGCCGAUCUCAGGGAACAGCUGAAGUUUGCUGAAGAAGAGGCUGAAAGCUUUCGGAAGAAGGCUUCACGGAUUGAGGAUGAGAACGAAUCCCUGAUGAUGCAACUCAAGAAAAUGGCAUCGAAAAAUCGAGGAACUAAACUAGGAUCAUCCUCGAGGAAUCGUUCAGUGGAGAAAGAUGAAGGCAUUUCAGAUGAGGAAGAUCCCGCAGAAUUGCGUGUUUUGCUGGAACUAAAUGAGCAAGAAGCAUCUGUGCUGAGGAGAAAAGUGGAGGAGCUCGAAACAGGGAAUGAUAAGAAAGACAAGCAGAUAAAGGAGCUAGAGGAUCGUCUCCAGGUUGCUGCAAAAUCCCAGAAAAAUGAAGUGACUGAGAAACCGAAACUCCCAACUCUUCUGUCCAAGACUCCCGCUGGAAUUAAUGCAGCCAAUGAGAAGAAGAUUAAGAGCCUAGAAGAGGAGUUGAGCACGACGAAGAAAAAGCUUCAAGAGAAAACUAAAGAAGUGCAGCAACUUCAGGAUACUAAAUCCAAGCCACAGGAUUCCAAUGAUCAGCAGAGUGUGAAUCUCAAGCGACAGCUUCAGGUUGUUGAGUCCGAAGCGGCAAUUCUCAGGACAAAACUUCAGACAGUUGAGCAGGAAAAUGAUAAACUCGCCACGGAGAAUAAGAAACUCCAGCUUCAGGCAGCCAGAGGGGCAAGGAAGGAUUCAAUCCCAACCCAAGUUAAUUCCACAGAGAAUGGGGAAGAGCUGAAAAAACUUGAGCAGGAAAAGGAUGCUCUUAACAAGCAGCUGAAGGAACUUCUGGAUGCAACAGCAGAGAGUCUUCCAACAAGAGUAGCAAAGAAAUACUCGGAAAAUCUCACAAAAUUCCAAUUGAAGACAAUGAUUGAGGAUCUUGAGAAAGAAGUUAUCCAAUAUCGGGCUAUUGCAACGAAAUGUGGAGCUGAUAAAAUGGACAAGUUGGAAACUGACAACAGCAAACUUUCUAAUCAACUCAAGGAAUCCCAGGAUAAACUAAAGACAGCAAAUUCAGAAAUAAAAACCCUGAAAACAAAGGUCACGAACUCCACGAAGUCCAGUGAUCUGGAAAACAAGUUGAAAGCAUCCGAGAAGGAGAACAACAAUCUCGUGGACAGAAUAGCUGAUCUGGAGGAUAAAAUAUCCAAGCAGGAAGGGCAAGUGAAGCAACUGCAAGCAACAAAUAAACUCCUUGAGAACCAAGUAUCCCAAGCGAAGGAUGAAAUGAAAAAAGUUCAGGAAGAGUUGGAAAAGGAGAAGAGAGAGAAAACUCGUUGGGAGAGUAAGGUGGCUGACAUGGAUGCUGAUCUACAGACAGCACGAAAGAACACAGAGAAAGUCAAAGCAAAUCUUGAGAAAGAAAUCGCCUCCCUCAAAUCUAAAUCCUCCAACUCUGAUGCCCCAUCGAAGGUAGCGACGCAGCAGCUGAAGGAUAAGGUGGCAGAAUUGGAAGCCACAGUAGCAAAGGAUGUGGAAAAGUACAAGGAUCUGACGGGCAAAUAUGAGCUCCUGGAGGAGGAGCAUGUGCUCAUAAAAGCUCAGCUAACUACAGAGAAGGAGAAGGCGCAGAGCGAAGUUGCUGCGCUGAAGAAGAAACUCGCAGAAGCAAAGGAUAAGGAUUCCAAGAAUAAAUCAGAGACUGAGACCCUCAACAAGAGAUUGUCGGAGGCCAAAGAGAAGAUUGCUGAUCUCGAGGGAAGGAACGUGAAGAUGAGUGCCAUUGAAUUGGAGAGAAAUCGCCUCAAGUCCAGCCUCGAGGAGACUGAGAGGAUGUUUGAGAAGCUAAAGAAGGAGAAUGAAAUGAAUGCAGAUCAAGUGAUGCAGUUGAAGCGUGAGAAUGAUGAAGCCCGGAAGAAGUUGGAUGACUUUGAGAGGGUGCACAAAGUGGAGAGAUCUCUGAAUGACCAGAAUGCCCUAUUGGAGCAGGAGAUAAAGAAGCUGCGACUGAAAGUGGACACAACAGAGACCUCCAUGAAGGCAGAGGUGGCAUCGACGCGCCUCCGCUACGAGCAACAGGUGACUAAUCUUCAGUCUGAGCUCUCUUCGAUGCACAAUCAAUGUGAACGAUUCAAGAGAGACCGGGAUACGUUUAAGCAACUUCUUGAGGGUGCCCAGAAGACUAUUCACGAUCUCAAGCACUCCAGUGGACGCCAUAGUCGUGCCAGCAUCCACAGUAGUGGUGAUGAAGAUGAUAAAUCCAAGAUUCUGGCUCUUGAGCAGCAAGUGGGAUGCCUCGAGGAUGAGCUGAGUGAAUCCCGGCUUGAAUGCAGCAAACUCAAGACUGAACUCGUGUCCGAGAAGACGAAUUCAGAGAUCAAAAUUAGUGAAAUGCAAUCACAACUGAAUGAGUAUGAGGAAGAGAAAGUCCUGGGUAGUGGUCGUACCAAAAUUCCCGGAACAAAGACUCGUCUUGAAUUAUCAUGGCAGAAGGAACGCGAAGAGCUUCAGAGACUCCUGUCCGAAACUUCCACACUGGCACGAGAUCUCCGACAGACACUCUUCGAGGUGGAACGUGAGCGUGAUAAGGAGCGCCUCGAGAUGCGCAGGAAGUUGGAUCAGCUCAAGAGAAACACCGAAGAUGAAAUGGAGGAGGGAAGAAAGAAAAUCUCCGAUCUCCAGUGUGAUUUGCUCGAACUUCGGGAUGCCCAUGCAAAGCUCAGGACAGCUAAUGAAAAACUCAGGCGAGAACGUGAUCGCUUUGAAAGAGAACGUGAAAGUGCAUCCAAGAGGCGUCUCGAGCAGGAUGGAGAAAAGAAGGUGGGAGCUCUGCUCCAAACAGUGGAUGAGCUGGUGAAAAUAGCCCCAGAAUUGCAGAUUAAGACUUCAGCUACAGCAAAUGCCACACAUUUAGCUCCAACACCCGUUCCACGACGUAGCAAGAGUCGUAGCCCCUCUCCGGGACCAUCUCCAAUACAGAUUUCCUCCGUCCUGGCACGCCUGGCUGAGGCAUCGGAGGAAUUGCGACGAUACCAGAGACUCUGUGAGGAUGAUCGAGAGAGGGAUCGCGUGCGUCGGGGAGGUAUGCGAAGAGCUGCAUCAACGGAAAAUGAUGAAUCCUCAAGUCGCUUCUCAUCGAGAGUUUCGAGAUCCUCAACACAGAAUGGUAGUCUCUACCGCAAGAGUUUAUCCCUGGAUCAGUCAAUGCAGCAUGAGCAGCAAAUGAUUUGGAAGCAGGAUGACGACAGCAUGUCAUCGCUGCAGAGUAUUGACUCCGAACUGGGAGGUAUGGUGCGGGAUUCAAGCUUGGAUUCGCGCCUUUCAGCAGGAUCAACACAGAGUGAUCUCCCACGGGGGCCCAGAAAGAAGAAACGCGGCAUUAUGGGGAAGCUGAGGAGCUUGACAAAGACGAAGAGUGUUGAAAGUGAUGCUUCGCAACAAGGAUCAGAUUCAGAUUUAAGCUUACCUGGUGAUCGAGAGAGAAGUAAGAAAGACCUAAAGGGUCGCCUAUCUGGGAUGUUCCGGCGUUCCCGUGGAAGUAGCAUGGAGAAGUCAAUUGAAGAUGCCAAUAUUCCCGUUGCAGUUACCACAAUUGAUCCCCACGAGAAUCCCGAAGCCGCUAGAAAGGUGAUGGUCAAACCACCUACCCCAUUGGCGACUCCAUCAUCGAACAGAAAAAACAAAAUUUAGUAUAAAAAUGUAUAGUAAACCAUUUAAUCCAUUAAUUCAGUUAUAUAAUAAAAAGAAAAUCAUUGUCACGGAAGAAGAGCAUAAUA